UCGGUGCGAGAGGAGGUGACCGUCCUGCGCUUUUACGCAUCGGCUCUGUGCGUAAAAGCGCCUGUGGAUGGACCCGGUUACGCCGCUCAGUCAGUCACCCCACUGUCUUUCACCCUCCACCGUCCCGUGAACUCCCCCUCGAGCCUCCGUGGACCUCCGGGACCAGCAUGGCUGCAGGAGUGGCGGCAUGGUUGCCGUUCGCGCGCGCAGCGGCCAUCGGCUGGAUGCCGGUCGCUCGCGCGCCCAUGCCACUGCCGCCGAAGAAACGGGCGCGUGGUGGCGACGGGCUGAUUCUGUUGAACGUGAGCGGCACGAGGUUUCAGACGUGGCGGGACACGCUGGAGCGGUAUCCGGACACCCUGCUGGGCAGCUCUGAGCGGGACUACUUCUUCCACGAGGACAGCAGCGAGUUCUUCUUCGACCGAGACCCGGAGAUCUUCCGCCACAUCCUGAACUUCUACCGCACCGGGAAACUGCACUUCCCACGCCAGGAGUGCAUCUGCGCCUACGACGAGGAGCUGGCGUUUUUCGGGAUCGUCCCGGAGAUCAUCGGGGACUGCUGCUACGAGGACUACAAGGACCGGCGGCGGGAGAACCAAGAGCGGAUCCAGGACGACCAAGAGAAUGAGCAAAGCGUCGAGCUCGUCUCCGCGGACGUGAGCGUCCGCGAGAGCAUGUGGCGGGCCUUCGAGAACCCGCACACGUCCACGCUGGCGCUGGUCUUCUACUACGUGACCGGCUUCUUCAUCGCCGUGUCGGUGCUGGCCAACGUGGCCGAGACGGUUCCGUGCGGCUCUGGGCAGAACCGGCUAGAGCAGACUUCGUGCGGGGAGCGUUACGCGCUGGCAUUCUUCUGCCUGGACACGGCGUGCGUGAUGAUCUUCACCGUAGAGUACCUGCUGCGCCUGCUGGCCGCGCCGAGCCGCUUCCGGUUCGCCAAGAGCGUCAUGAGCGUCAUCGACGUGGUGGCCAUCAUGCCGUACUACAUCGGCCUCGUCAUGACGGACAACGAGGACGUGAGCGGUGCCUUCGUCACGCUGCGCGUCUUCAGGGUCUUCCGGAUUUUCAAGUUCUCCAGACACUCUGCGGGGCUGCGCAUCCUGGGCUACACGCUGCGGAGCUGCGCGUCCGAGCUGGGCUUCCUCCUCUUCUCUCUCACCAUGGCCAUCAUCAUCUUCGCCACAGUCAUCUUCUACGCAGAGAAAGGCUGCAGCGGCAGCAAGUUCACCAGCAUCCCCGCCGCCUUCUGGUACACCAUCGUCACCAUGACAACGCUGGGGUAUGGAGACAUGGUCCCAAAGACCAUCAUGGGGAAGAUUUUCGGCUCCAUCUGCUCGCUGAGCGGCGUGCUGGUCAUCGCUCUGCCAGUGCCAGUCAUCGUGUCCAACUUCAGUCGGAUCUACCACCAGAACCAGAGAGCGGAGAAGAGGCGAGCACAGAAGGCGUCCAAAGAGGCGGGUCGGGCUCUGGUGACCAAGACCAACCCCAUCUUUGAGGUGCAGCAGCAUCACCUGCUGAGCUGUCUGGAGAACGCUACGAGGCACAACUUGACCAGUGAGAGAGUGCAUGAGGUGAGCUGCAGAGACAGAACCCUACUGAAGCACCUGUCCCGCUCUUCCUCCAUCUCCUCAUCUUCAUCGCCUCGUGGCUUUUCCUGCUGCCCCUGUAUGAAAAGAAAGAGCUUCGCCGUUCCAAACUCCAACAUGUGUGUCGGCCUGCAGGCCCGGAUCCAGGAGCUGAGCAGCAUCCAGCUGCGGGAGAGGCCCCCCACCAGUCGAUCCAGUCUCAACACCAAAUACCACGAGGAGCUUUCCCUGAACUGCGAGCAGCCAUAUCUUUCUGCUGCGGUCAUCAGCAAACCUCCGCCCACAAUCACAGCCGGAACGCCACCUGAGGGCUUGGCCAGCUUCUCUGACAGCCCUCAGAGCAACGCAGUCCGGGUGUCUGCCCUCUAGACAUGCCAGUGGAGUGGUUUCAAUGGAGCAGUGCACAUCGUGCACAUCAUCUGACCAUGUGUAGAACUCACAUCAUCUGCAUGGAGAAACAGGUUCUACGACUGAGGCGAGAAUUUCCCCCUCAUCUUUGGAGGAGAACCUGCCAUGACGAAGGACGAUCUGAUGUCAGACAUUAGACUAGAUUUAUGACCCUUUUCGGUCUCUUUUCAUACCGUUCCUGUUCACUAAUACCAAACCAGUUUGUCUACAGAACAGUCUGCACUCUGUUCAGAUCAACAUUCGUUUGUUAGUGGAGUCUGUUGAAAGAGUCUAUGUGGGCAGAGAUUGAUUCCUAGGCGACGUCUAUUCGGGAACUCCUUGUUUGGAUGGAGUCUUAUGUCAAGGCUUAAGGCAAGGAGUCUGAGCCAACCAUAAAUUCCUCAGUGAGCUGAUAGAUUACUCCUAUCUGUAAUCAGUAGUUACUUUCUGUGCACGUGAGCAGUAGAUACUUCUGCGACCUCCGUGGUUAGUUCACCCAGGAUGUCACUUUUGCGUAGAAACUGCAUGACAGACCUAGACACAGACUCUUAACAGCUCCUGCUUUGGGUUCUUAGCUGAAUAAAGCUGUGGAGCAGUUUUGAAAGAACUGUGUUGAUGCUUUCAGGUGGUGUGGGUGGGGAAUCUCAGAAAAAGCACUGAGGAUGACCACAGAGUUCCCAAUUACGACCAUUGCUCUCUGCUCUGACAUUUACCAAUGUCCCGGUUCCACCCAGCUGGUCCCGGUUCUGGUUUAGAUCCAAAGUCUAACUUGGAUUAUGUUGUGUUUCUGUAAAGCUAUUUUUAGGCCGGAUGCCCUUCCUGACACAGCCCUGUAUUUGAUCCAGGCUGGGGACCGGCACAGGGAGCACGAUCUGGGCCCCUCGUGGUUAUAUAGUAAGGCAGUAGGACGAAGGGUCUCCCAAGGACCCACACUGGAUGAAGCUCAUCACCCCCUCGGGAAUCGAACCCUGGUUUCUCAUGUGCUAUAAAUAUGAGUGCACUAUUUAUGCUACAAAUAUACUCUAAAUGUACUCUCUCUCUAUAUAUAGUAGCUUGUGUAUCUGCUGUGCCCAUCUGGAGUCUGAAUGGAGCUCAGGUUUGACUCUUCUGAACCGCAUCCAGAUCUCCAGUGACGACGGACCAAGCUGUCAACUUGGUCUGUAGGUAAACCUGAAGCUAAACAGUCAGAUUUGGGAUGAAAGUCUGAAUUUUUGGUGGCAGAGAGCAGAUCUGGAUUUAGAACUUCUUCCAUUGUAGAGGAUGUCUUUGCAAACCGCCAUGAUUUAGGUGAAGCUGUUGGAGGCUGAUUAAAGAAUGUAUUUAUUG